AUGCCAUCUGCAAAGAACCAUCUACCACCAUCAUCCAGUGAUCAUGCUGAUGAACCAGAAGAAUCUUCAGAUGAGUCCUCUGUGAAGUCUCACCUUUCAACAACAAACUCGACAACUUUACGUCGAUCAACACGCCCCAGAGCACCAUCAAGAGCUACAUCAUCUGUUGAUUCCAAUUCAUCUCAGACUUUGAACCACUCCCAAAGGAAGCGUCAAAAGGUGGCUUCCAGUUCAAACCCCUCAAAAAUAUCUCGCGGAAAAGCUCCACAGAAAGUUAAGAAAAAACGCAAGACCAAGAAGGAAUUACUUGCCGAAGCAGCAACAUCAACUUCAGUGGCAAGUUCCUUUUAUCUUGUUUUGUCUGAUCCAAGCUGA